AUGAAGUUUAUCGCACUAGUUUUAUUACUUUUCCUACACUAUUCGCAUAAUUUCAACUCGCAAUGUACUGAAGGUGGGACAGAGUUGGAAAAUGAGUGCGCUGAGCAACCAGCAAACAUGUUGAUCCCAUUUACCCUUGACAUUGCAAGACCUGGGGGAUUACUUACAGUUGUGACCGUAAGGACAUUUGACGGAGUAACUCAAAAGAGAUAUGCAUCAAAACCAUGCUUUGGUAUGGCUAGUGUAAAGGACGGGUCAGAUAACAUUUGGAAUGCCAAGGGAAAUGAAGCCUGUGUCCUGGUCACGAGUUUUGUACGAAAAGACGGUUUCAGCCUCCUGGUAUUACAGACUAUAGAGGAUGAAAAGUAUGACUUUUUGUACUAUAAGAAAGUAGAUGGGAAAUGGAAAGGCAUAAAGGAGGAGGAGUUUUUCGAAAACUCGAGGGAGAUUACAAGGUCCGAUAAUGAGGAGAAAUCAGAAGUUGUACAACCAAACAAGGUAAUUUUGGACAUAUCAACCCUUCCAGGAAAUACUCUCUCUGCCCUAAAACCAAAGGUAGACUUGCCGUUCCUAAUGGUGGAACCCGUCGCUGGAAACAUUAUAACAAUGGUAAAGGAUGGCAAGUAUCCCAUCUGGGUCGCAAAAGAGGGUCAAAUGUGCAUUCUGGCAAUGUUUUUCAUCAGGAGUGAAAAACCAAUGCUGGCACAACUCGUGAUUAAAAAGACGAAUAAAGAAGAUGAGGAUGAUGAAAUUAAAACAAUGUAUUUUGAAAGAAAGUUGCUAGAGUGGUCUCUCAUUACAAAGAAUCUGUACAGGCUAAGGAUUAAAAAGUUGAGAAGCUACGAAAAGGAUGGCUUCUUGAACGCCUCCUAUAUCGUUCCACUGCUUACCAUUGCAUUCAGCAUGACCAUGUAA